AAAAUUAAUUUUAUUCUAUAAAACACAAUAAACAGUAUAAGCGAUAUAUAGAGGUUAAUUUUUAAUCAUCUUCCUCUACCAAAAAAGAGGAUAAGAAAUAUAAAUAAAGAAACAACAAGGAAUACAAAUAAAUCAUUACAGUUAUAGAGUUAAACGGGGGUUAAAUAACAAAAAUAAAAAAAGGAAAAACCUACAUAAAGGAAAAGAAAUGCGUAAUUUCUCGUAUUACAAAUACAAAGUGUGCUUCUUCAAUUUCUAAAGGAAAGACAAAAGAAAACAGUCGUUGUUUCCAAAUUAUGAAAAGAUCUUUUACGUUUAUUGUAAUAAUAAUUUAAUUGUGGAAAAGUAAAAAAAAACAGCUGUGAUUAUAAUUCCGGAUUUUAUAAAUUGAAUUAAGAAUAAAGCUGAACAAACCAUAUCAUCAAACCACCUGUUUUCAUGUAAUAAACUUUUGUAAAGAUCAUCCCCAACUAAAGAAAGCAACGAAUCAACAAACAUCAUAAUGCCACAGAAAUCAAAGAGUAUGAAAUUUUGGACUGCUAGCAGUCGGAGACUGUUUAUAAGUAUUUUAGGUUUUAUAUUGGGCGUAGGUGGCAUAUUGUGCGGCAUGUUUUGGGAACAAAUAUUCAAUAGCAUUUUAGCAAAGCAAAUGAUUUUAAGACCAGAUUCCGAAGUAUAUGACAAAUGGAAAAAUCCACCAAUAGCUUUAAGUUUAGAUAUUUAUCUUUAUAAUUGGACAAAUCCAGAGGAUUUUAAAAAUUUCUCCACAAAACCCAUAUUUGAACAAUGUGGCCCCUAUCGUUUCACAGAGAAACCAGAUAAAGUUGACAUAAAUUGGCAUCCAGAUAAUGGCUCUGUAACGUAUCGCAAGAAAAGUGAUUUCUUUUUUGAUGCUGCUGGCAGCAAAGGAAGUUUAGAUGAUGAAAUUAUAACAUUAAAUGCAGUGGCCCUGUCUGCAGCUAGUAAAGCCAAACAAUGGAAUACUGUACGUCGGCAUAUGGUGGACGUGGGUUUGAAAUUGUAUGGCCAGGAAAUGUCUGUGAUAAAAACCGUUGAUGAAUUAUUGUUUACCGGCUAUAGUGAUGAUAUGAUUGAUAUGGCUCGUUCAGUGCCCAUUUUUGGCAAUGAUGUUGAGGUACCCUUCGAUAGAUUUGGCUGGUUCUACACGCGCAAUGGUAGUGCGGAUUUAACUGGAGUUUUUAAUGUCUUUACGGGUGCCAAUGAUUUGUCAGAACUGGGACAACUGCAUAAUUGGAAUUAUAAAAAGCAUACAGGUUUCUUUGAAUCACAUUGUGGCCUGGUCAAUGGAUCAGCUGGUGAAUUUCAACCACCAAAUCUAACACCUCACAGUAUAGUGCAACUAUUUACUCCCGAUAUGUGUCGCACAAUACCCUUGGAUUAUACAGAUACCGUAGAGAUUGAGGGUUUAAAGGGUUACAAAUAUGCCGGAGGUUUGAGAUCUUUGGAUAAUGGCACUUUAUAUCCUGAAAACUCAUGUUUUUGUGGUGGCCAAUGUGUGGCUUCUGGCGUUAUGAAUGUAUCAUCCUGCCGUUUUGGUUCACCAGUUUUCAUGUCUUACCCACACUUUUAUAAAGCAGAUCCAUUUUAUUUAGACCAGGUUGAGGGUUUAAAUCCCAAACAAAGGGAUCAUGAAUUUUAUAUGGUUUUGGAGCCAAAAACUGGAAUUGCUUUAGAAGUAGCCGCCAGAUUCCAAGUUAAUAUGUUGGUGGAACCCAUAGCUUCAUUAAGUUUGUAUCAAAAUAUACCACGCAUUUUCUUCCCCCUUAUAUGGUUCGAGCAAAAAGUACGUAUUACACCCGAACUGGCCAAGGACUUAAAAAUGAUACCGUGUGCCUUGUUGGGUGGCCAAAUAUUUGCCGGCGUUCUAUUUGCCAUCGGACUUAUACUAUUGGGCUGGUAUCCCUUUAAACAUCUCUGCGGUCUUGGCAAGAAUAAGAAAAUGAAAAUAAAUCAUUUGGAAAAUGGUAGUUGCAAAUCGAACGAAAUGAGACCGCUGCAAACGAAAACAUUUCCGAGCAAACAACAUACACCACCAAUCGAUGGAUCUCCGUUAAUAGAAAAACCUGCCAAAAUACCCAUCAUUAUUUCAAACUCAAAUACUGAUGACAGUUUAAAAACGACUUCAACAGCAAUAAGUGAUAAAAAUAAUUUAUAUUAAGAGUUUGUUGAAACUAAUUUAGGUUUUAAGAACAGAAUAGAUAUUGGAAUUAUAAUUUUAAAUGAGGACAAUAAGCAGGCUAUCUUAGUCUGAUUUUAAUACAGAAAAUAAUAAGAUUUUCAGUUGUUUUUUUUAAAUUAUGACUUUAAUGAAAAGUAGUUUAUACUACAAAAGACACAUUAAUAACAUAGUUUACUACUUAUAUUUGAAAAAAUAACGUUUAAAAGAAAUUUGAAAAUUUUGUUGUGUUUUUGCAUCACUUUCUUAUUGUGGGAGUGGUAACUAACUACUUUCAUUUGUUCCUUUUCUUUAUAUUCUUGUGAUACGAUAAACCAAAUACAUAAGAUCGCAAAUACUGCAAAUUGUCUAGAAAUAUGUUAACAAAACCUUAGAACAUUUUUAACAUUCCUUAAAAACAUAAUUUAUGUACUGAAUUUUUUAAAAUUUCAGCUUACAUUUUUAGAAAUAAAACAUCUAAGUGCCAAAGUCCAAUUAUCCAUACAUACAAUCAUAGGACUUUAGUUUUAUCAUUACUUUUUUUUAUUAAAUACUCUAUAAAUAAGAAUAUUUAUAUAAUACAUAGAUACAUUACGAAAAAUUGUAUAUCAUUCUUUUUUUUACCAUUGUUGAUUUUAUUAUAAAUAUAUAUAGAUUUUAUAUAUAUAAUAUUUAGUAAUAGUUAUAAUGAAAAGACAACAAAACAAAUUAAUUCAUUUAUGCAAACAUUUGUAUACAACCAUUAAAAAAACAUUUUGUAUUCAGUAUUUUUGAAAUAAAAACCAUGAAAUUAUCAUUAGCUUCUUAUGGAAUAGAUUAAAAUUCAGAACAAAUUAAAACAUUUUAUAUAAUGAAAUAUUUUUUAUAUACACAUUUUUGGAUUAAAAAAAAAAAUAAAAAUUUGAAAAUAAUUUGAGAAAAA